AUGUCCGAGACCAUAAUUCUGACCAAGGAGACGGUUGUGAAGGGCAACAAUGCCCAAGCUAGAAUCUUCCUGGUCGGAGUCGACACUCAGAAGGCUGAUGCUGGCCCAAAGCCAAUUGAUCCUAUGGCUGUGUUCAUUCUGAACUCGAAGGAUUUUAUCGAUCUUCAGAAAUACAUCCAAGCUGCCACAGCUCUCCCUUCUUCAGCUGCCCUUUUCGAAGCGGAAUUUCCCCGUUCAGGCAUGUCCAAAUUCUUGGAAGAAGAUCCAGAACUGUACGAUGCAAUGAAGGAAGCCCUCCCGCGAAUGCACCAGCGUUGUGCGAACUUCCAGAUUGAGACGCUGGAACCUAUGAUCGUCUUGGGUGGUCGUAUCUCUAACUUCGCCAAAAGUUCAGGUACUUACAUUGAUCGUAUUGUUGGUUACCUUAACAAGAUGGGUGAGCCGGGAGUGAGCAAGAAUAGUCCGGCGUACAGCUCCGCCAAGCGUAACGCCGAUAAGCAUCUCGAUAGACUCAUUGCUCAUGCUGGAGAGGUCGGUGUUCAAUGCGGCGAAGUCUUCGAUAGACUCUCGGCCUUCAAAGUCAAGACAACGACAGAGGACAAGACAGACCUCGACAUGAUCUGCAGGCGUCUACGUAAAAUUAUGCCUGAUGAAGCAGCCAAGAAUAGUAGAGUGCAAAAGCUCAUCGAUAACGCUAAGACUCUGGUCAAUCAGGCGAAGCAGAUGGUUGAUGACCAGCUGAACGAGGCCCGCGAGAAGGGCAAAGCCAAGUGGUACCACUACAUCCCUGUCAUCGGCACCAUUAUCCUCAUCGUUGAUCGAGUCAAGCAAAACGGUCUCAUGAACACCCUUAGGGAGCUGAACGACAAAUACGUCCUCGCGAGAAAGCAAAGCGAGAAUCAAAUCGAACAAAUAACGGCCACAUCCAAUCAAUUAGAUACACUCUUUUCAGAGCUCAAGGGCGUUGAAGACACCAUCCAAAAUGCCAUGGAUGCUGUUGGCAAGAUGCAAAAGACAUUCUCCAAGCUUCAAACUAUGUUCGAGCACAUCAAGAAGAAACUUGAGGGUGUCAACAGUGAUAUCGAUGAUGAGUACAUCAGUGACUACAUCGUACAAGUGGAGGACCUGCAGGAUGCUGCAGAAACCUGGGAAAGGGUGGCAAGGCUAGCAGAUGUCUUCCAGAACACUGGACUAGUACUUGAUAUCAAGUUAGCACCAGCAGAGGUUAUCGAGGAGGAGGGAGGUACGGGAGACGCGUGA